AUGGCCACCAGAUCGCGCCCUGCGUGUAGGAUUGCCCUGGCAGCAGUUACAAUUGCUUUAGUGACACAGUCCCUUGACUUUGCUGGCUUCCGCAGCCGAGCACGCAGCCCCCGCACUUCCCUUCAUGCUGUCUGUGCGCAAGUCAAAGAACCACCAGCCGAAGGUGACCGAGUCGUCGUUGAUGGCAGCGACGGGCCGAUCGCGGCUCGUCACACGAGGCAGAUCGCCCAUUCUGCUUGA